UGAUUUUUCGGUUGCGCUGCAAUUGCCAGUUUCCUUGGUGUGCCGUCGUCUUAAGUUAGUUGUGGGACCGUCGCCGUUGCCCUUAUCGUGACCCAAUCUAUCAAUGAUGAUCAAUGAUGGUUAUUUUCCGAUGGCAGUGUCCGAUCGGUUCAAUCCGAUGCGAUCAGUGGUUAGAGUCGCGAUGGAGCAUGGGCGGCAAUCGGUAACGAUAGGCGCGAUAGGUAGUGCUAAUUUUUGUAUGCGGAUAUAGAUAAGAGCGGACAAGGAGUGCAAAGAGGGCAAAGAGUUAGUUUGUUAGUGCUGAAAGGUGCUUGUUGGGGGUAGUGGUGGUGCAAGUGCAGUAGGUUCAUUAGUGUAAGUUUCUGUUCGUAAUUUUUUAGAAGAAGCGCUGAGUAAUUUUAUGAUGUGCGAAGGGCAUUUCAGUGGAUCUGAAAGAUUGGAAGUCGUUGAAAUUCACCAUCAUCCGCAAUUAUUGGAGCAGUGUUGCGAUAUACUCAACAUGGAAUGGCCUAGGAGUAAAACUGUGAGACUAAGAAGUUUGAUGAUGUCCUGUGACAGUUUACCAACAUGCCUUGUCCUGGUCCAGUCCUCUGAAGUCUUAGGCCACAGCAAAUUGUCACCAAUACCUGGUCUGCCUUUGGGAUGUGUAAUUCACUCAGGUUCAAUUGUUGUUCAUCCUGAACACAGAGGAAAGGGACUUGGGAAGUUCCUUAUGGCUAAAACUGAAGAAUGUGCAAAAAGGGAUGGAAGUAGCUCUUCAGAGAGACAAACACACCAGAUCAGUAGAAGUGCUUGGGGCAUAACCAACAUAUGUUACAAAGGAAAUUAUUACAAUGCAGGUUUGCAUAGUCAUUUUUACAUGUAUUAUUGUUGGAAUGGUAGUAGCAUCCUAAGAGACUUCGAAAUAACUGUGUUAAAAAAUAUGCUCUGGAACUAAAUAAACAGCAUCUACGCCCAUUUCCAGCCCUGAUUUUGUAUCUCACAAGUUACAGAAAAAUAACGCAUAUGACCCAUUAAAAUUGUGAAUUACCGCUUUCUAGUUUGUGAAAUAAUCUCACCUCAGGUGAGCAGACAGCAGUAUUUUCUCAUCCCUGGCUAUGACUCUACUGUAAAAUUAGGACACUUUAUUUUCUGGAUUAAAAUCUCAACAAUUUUAAUGUUAUAUUUUUGUACCCAAAACAGUGAAACACAGUCUGUUGCAAAUAUAGGUAAACUGAAAGCAUAAACCAAAAGUAAGCUAUCCACAAAUAGGCUUUAAAAUAUCAAAAUUUCAGAGUACUUUGAGAAGAAGAUAAAGAAAAUAAAUUUUGUGCUGUUUGGGUAAGCAUCAUGCAUAAAAGAGAAGCUGCAAGGAAUAACAUUUUGUCUAAAUCUACCAAACAGUAUAUGGAAUUGAAAGGUGAGGGGCUUAUUUUGACAACUAAUAUAAUACAAGUCAGAAUUAACUGAAAAUGUAGGAUGUGAAGGUGCCUAGUAUAUUUUAUGGGGAUAAUAUGUGAAAUAACUCCUUAAAUAAAACCAGAUUUCUUAGAGGUUUACAUCUAAAUAAUGACACUCAGUUCAUACACCCAAAUUUAGGAAGUAAUAAAUCCCAAGUUCUAUGCAUGCAAGUUGAUUAUCCUAUGACCCAUUCUAAAGAAGUAUAAACAGUAUGAUAAAUGAUAUGAACUCCGUCCCAAGUGCAAACAAU